AUUCUUUUUUUGAGUAAUGCUAGGGGUAGACCAAAAGGUGUACCCCAAAUGUACACCACCCUCUUUUCAUCCACACAUUUUUAUUUGAUUUUUAUUUAUUUAUUUUUUUUGAAUUUUUUUGCUUUUUUUAGUGGACAAGGAGGGGGUGGGGAUAUUUGGGGCUAGCAUUUUUCUCUUUUUUUUUUCUUCUUUCUAUCAGAGUAUCAGAUGUGUAGAUAGAGUGAUUGACAGAUAUCUUCGGUCAGUAGAUUACAACAGUGAGAAAUCAUGUGGUUUGAGCUCAUCAUGGGCAUCGUUAUUUUCCAAUUAUUGAGGCGCUUCUUCUCCAGCGGCGACGAUCUCGACGUCGGGACCUACAACGACAACGCCCUUUUCUCAGUUGCGAAACGGCUGGAAAAGAUUUAUGGCGGCAAGGUCUAUGUUGGACUUCGGAUUCCAGACAUCGAUUCCGGGUCUCCCAAGAAUAUUGAUCUGGUUAUCGUCACUCACCGAGAAGCUGUAAUAAUCUCUGUGAAGAAUGUCUCUGGAUUUGUAUCAAUCGAUAAGGAUGAGAAUUGGGUUUGCAUGGGUGUAGAUAAGCACAAGGAAGAGCGCUUUCCAGAUCCUGUGGCAGAAACAAAACAACUUGUUCCCAUCCUGGAAUCUUAUCUUGAGCAAAGGGGACUUGCUUUACCAGAAGGAUAUUUGUCUUGCAAGGUCAUAUGUUCAAACCCCAAUUUUCGAACCAUACAUGGUGAUUCUUUUCCUCCUGAGGUGUUGACUUAUGACCAGUGGAAACAGCUAAAGCCUGAAAAAGAUAGCGUGGUUUCUAGUUUUAUCAAAGGUGCAUUUAAAAAGGAAAUGAAGGAACCAAUACAAGAGAAUCUAAAUUCCAUUCUCAGCACAGCUCCAAUGUGGGAUAGAUUGGAGCUUAAAAGUAACAAACGUUUACUAGGAGACUUUGUGGAAUUCAAGGGAGAUAAGGAUGAUGUUUUUGAAUUGAGAAAUAUCAAGAGAUCAAAAGUUAGCAGGGUGACGAUUCAAAAGACAAGCAUGUUCGGUUUAGCUCAUUCAAAACUUCAAGUUCUUUACUGGCCUCGAGAUUAUCAGGGGGAAGGGGCCUCAGGUUUUGAGUGGAACGAAGUCUGUGUUCGAUCUAGCACAGAGGUUGUCUUUCAGCCGCGAGGCUCCACUAAAGUACGUAAAUACAAGUUGUCCUCUGUGAUUUCCAUGUCACUGAGUGCAUGAAGCUUGUUCACUGCAGGUCGGGUUUGAGUCAUUUCAAGUUCAGGUUGUAAAUUUGUAUUUAUUAGCGGAUCAUAUUAUUCGAAGAUUGUGUUGUGUUUAUUAUAGAUAGAUCUGGUUUCCACAUUUAUAGGAUAUUUGUUAUAUCUUCUUUUUAUCCUCCCUAUAUUUAUAGGGCUGCUGUAAAUAUACCAUACCUUAAACCACUAUUAUGGUAUGGGAGCAGCCCUUUAAGUAUACACAAAGUAGAUGUAACAAACCUCCUACUGAGUAUAAUUGUGGAAACUAAAUAAUCUAUUAUAAGUACAAUAUAAAGUGUUAAGAGUUUCGAUCAACCCAUCUGGAUGGAAUGGUUAUUGUUUAAAUAUCAGAAUGUGUAUUAGCACUUGUAUAUCACGUCAUGAAUCCAAUAAUGAAUCAUUAGAGCACUG